AUGCGCGUCAUAACCCAAACAACAAUGGCGCUUCGCUGUGGGUCUGUGCGUCUGAACCCGCUUGUUAAAUGUGCUUCGUUUAGCGUCCGUUCGUUUGCUGACCACGCGUCGUCCAAAAGAGUCGCAAGCAGCGCCCCAGAGACUUCGGUCGACCAUUUAGUCUACACACCAGAUCACUUUGCCCUAAAGGAAUCCCUCAAAAAGAUCAUCGACCAGGAGAUCAACCCAUACGUGGAUCAGUGGGAAGCGGAGGGAAAUUUUCCAGCCCAUAAAAUUUUCAAGGUCCUAGGAAAUGCUGGUUUUCUUGGGGUCAACAAGCCAGUUGAGUAUGGCGGCUUAGGGCUCGACUACAGCUACAGCGUGGCCGUGUCCGAGCAGCUCGGUCACAUCCGCUGUGGAGGCAUCCCCAUGGCCAUCGGCGUUCAGACCGACAUGACCACGCCUGCACUGGCCAGGUUUGGUUCAGCUGAGCUCAAGCAAGAGUUUCUGCUUCCGAGCAUCCUGGGGGACAAAGUUGCCUGCCUUGGAGUUAGCGAAGUCGGGGCAGGUUCUGAUGUGUCGAACAUUAAGACCAAGGCGGUGAGAAAGGGGGAUGAAUACGUGAUCAAUGGCGGCAAGAUGUGGACCACCAACGGCACCCAGGCGGACUGGAUGUGUCUCCUCGCCAACACUAGUUGCGACCCUCCACACAGGAACAAAUCCCUCAUUUGUUUGCCCAUGAACCUGCCAGGAGUGCACAUUGCCCGCAAGAUCGACAAAUUGGGCAUGUGGUCAUCAGACACGGCUGAAGUGUUUUUCGAGGACGUCAGAGUUCCUUGCAAGAACGUCAUUGGCCAGGAAGGCAUGGGCUUUACUUAUCAGAUGCUGCAGUUCCAAGAAGAAAGGCUCUGGGCUGUGGCCAAUAUCCUGACCACAAUGGACAUCAUCAUUCAGGAGACCAUCGACUACACUCGGCAGAGGCAGAUCUUCAAUCAGCCGGUCCUCUACCACCAGGCGGUCCAUUUCAGGCUGGCCGAGCUGCAGACGGAGGUGGAGCUGCUGCGUGCUCUCCUCUACCAGGCCACAGCAUUGUAUAUCAAAGGAAAUGAUGUCACCAAGAUGGCUUCCAUGGCCAAAUUGAAGGGGGGCCGUUUGGCCAGAGAAGUGAGUGACAGCUGUCUUCAGUAUUGGGGAGGCAUGGGCUUCACCAGUGAUGUGCUGGUCAGCAGGUUCUACAGGGACUCCAGGUUAAUGUCAAUUGGCGCAGGGGCUGACGAGGUCAUGCUCGGCAUCAUCUGCAAAUUCAUGGACACGCUACCCAAGAAAUGAUGUCAGCAAUGACUUUCUCAUCAAUUAGCUUGAUAACAUGAUCUACUGAACUCCUUUUGAUGAGCAACAGAGCCAAUCACCUAAGUGCUAUUACGUAGAGAUCACAAGAAGUCGGGUCGUUUUGACUUUAUGGUCAUAAGAAAACCUUAUAUUUAACGUGAUGUUUGAAUACGUCAGUGAACUUUAAGGCUUUCAAUUUGCAUCGAUUUUGUGCAAAUAUUUUCAUCCCUGGAAAAUGUUUUCCAUGGUGACAUUUUUUUCUUUGUGUUUUAAGAAAAAAAAAAAGCAUCAGUGUUAACUGAAGGAAACACCUGUUUAUUGGGUAAAAAGUUCAUAAACAGUUUAUGUUGGAUUUAUCUCACCAAACAUUAUAAUGAAUAAACACAAAAGGAAUGAAGACGUUGGUCAUUUUACUCAUGAGGAGGGCGCAUGGGAGAUUGUUCAGGUUACAGCCUCUCAACACGCUCUAAACAAUCUCUCCCGUCGCUCCUGCAUUUAUUUGAAAAUAGGGAGGUUUCUAAGUUUACAAGACAUAACGUACUAAGCUACAAGACACAACACACUAAGGGUAGGGUUUCAAGGUGAAAACAUGGCACCUGCCACGUCCCGGCCACGUCCUUCUCUCAGAUGAUUCCUGCUGAGUCAUCUUCUUGAAGGCGAGACAUCUUUCUUUCUAAACAUUGUCCAUAAUACUAAUGCAAGCUAAGCAAAUAAAUGAUAACUUCUACAAUAUAUCUAACAGUUUAUUUACACUGCUUUUCUCCAUAUGUGGCAUAGUCUGUGAUAUACGCAUUAAUUCCUGUAAGCAAUUGAACUAAAUGUCUCUCAGAGAAUUGUAGAACUUCUUUGCAUUCAAUGUUAUGCAGGUCGCAUAAUAAACCGA